ACAGACUUAAUUCCUUCUCUCCAGUUCCAUGCUUACUUUCCUUCACAACCGCACUAUAAAUAUCCAAGCUCUCCACAGAGCGACAUCAAAACUCAAACAAGCUCAUAGAGUUCACCACUGCAUGUCUAGCCAGAAGCACAUAAAAAAAGCACCAGAUCUGGCUCCAUGAAGCUCAGGCUCAUAAUCGAGAAGCUACAAAAGGGCCUCUCGCUCUUAGCAACCAAAGGCCCUCUCGAUGAUCAGCACGAUGAAUUCGAUGAAGACUUGGACGUAGCGAAGAUGGUACCCGAGGAUGUAAAGGAAGGACAUUUUGCAGUGUUUGCAGUGAAGGGUAAGGAGCCAAAGAGGUUUGUGAUUAAGCUAGAGUCCUUGAAUAACCCUGCAUUUUUGAAAUUACUAGAGCAGGCCAAGGAAGAAUAUGGUUUUCAACAGAAAGGUGCUCUUGAAGUUCCAUGCAGACCUGAGGAUUUGCAUAAGAUUCUGGAGAACAGGAGGGAGAAGAGUAGGACUAGUGCUACAUGUAAAUUGUAAUAAUACUAAUAGUAAUAUCCCUACCCUUAUAGAAGGAUACUAGCUAGCAAGUUGGCUAGUCAAAUUAAUGUAUCAAAUUUCAUGUACGAUUUAGUUCUCUCCCAGUUUACAAAUUAUUAUGCUUAAUUCCUUAGCUAG